AUGUCCACUGCCAUGGAGUGGAGCUACCUGGCGACUCAUCCUGACGAGGCCAAACCUCCACUUCCGUACAAAAUCGGCGCACAGUUCACAGCUCGCGCCUGUGAUCUUUCCGAGGCACUCGUAACGCAUCCGGAGAGCGCAACAGGCCAGACUGCAGACGAUAUGCAGAAAGUUCAUCCUCUAGAAAUGUGUCUCCGACAUACCCCUUCGACCCACGCCAGCCCUGACGCAGACGCAAUACGCUUCCAGAUCGUGGACCAUGUCAGAGAGUCCUUCGUUUACGAAGAAAUGAAACCACUUUGGGGUUCCGUUAUCCCAUGCUUCUAUGGCUCUUUCACAGUUGAAGUCCCUGUGCCUGAGCGGAACGACAGAACGCGUCUCGUAAACGCUAUUCUUUACGAACACAUUCCGGGAGUCACCCUAGCCGACAUCAUACCAGAAGUGGACAAAUGGAGCCAGGACCAGCGGAUGGAGAUUAUGAGGCAGGUCAUCAUGGCCGACAGCAAGGUACGACAAGUGGGUAUCGAACAGUCGGACCUCAUGCCACGCAACAUUAUCGUCACUCCCCCUAACGACCAAGCCGGGGACGGGCUGCGCAUACGUCUCAUCGAUUUCGACUACGCAUUCUGUACUCACGACUCCGACUCUGAUGUCGAACCUGAACCUGAGACACCGUCAAGGAUCUUUGAACGCUGGUCGGGCUACGAGGACUUCGCAAAUAACCAUGAGCUUGGCUGGCUGGUCGAUUGGCCUUGGGAGGACUGGCUUCGUCGCGAGAUCAGCGACUGA